AUGGACUGGGGAGUGGAAAUCAAAACUGGGACACCAAAGCGUUUAAUGUUUUAUCAGAAUGGCGAAUGGAUUGAUUUACCUCAGAGUGUGGUUGAUGUGGUUAGGGAAGAUUUUCAGGUUAAGAAAUCUGCUGUAGAGGUUGAGUUCAAUGGCCCUUGCUUUAUGCUUGAUUUUCUGCAUAUGUCUCGAGUGGACUUGAAAACAACCUUACAGGAACCCAUUGCUUGGAUUGAUGAAGCAGGUAAUUGCUUCUUUCCUGAAACUUUUGACUGCCAUCAACCUGAAAUUGGGGAAUGUCAAGACCCAAUGUUGGAGGAGCCUUAUGGGCCUCAAGAGAUCAAGCUGCUGUUGGAAAUUGAAAUCAAUGGUGUGGAUCAAUCCAAGCUGAAUGAAUGUAGUGGGGAGUCAAAUGAUCUAGUUAAGCUGAUACAAGUCAAUAGUAAACCUGCUAGCAACUGCUAUGCUAUAGAUGUUGACAAUAAUUGUAAUAGAGAGUCUGAUGCAAAAAUGGAUGAGGAUUUUCAGGAAAAUAAACAGAUACCUGCAAAUUGUCACAGCGCCUGUUCUGAAAAUGAAGAAUUUAAUUGUGAGUCUGUGCAGAAGAUGUUUCUUGUGGGUAUGGGUGCUUCUGGUAGACCCGUCAUUCUUGAUACAUAUCGUUGCGUAAGCACUUCAAUGCAAGCUCGAUUUGAGCUUUUUCAGAAGCAGGCAGAACUAACCCAAAAAUUUCGUGGGGAUGCAAAUGUUCAAUAUGCUUGGCUUGCUUGUUCUAAAGGGGAACUGCCUACAAUAUUGACAUAUGGACUUGGUCAUUGUGGAACUUCCACAAUUAAGUCCAUGUAUGGUAUUGGUGUUCAUCUUGCAGCUGCUAACUGCUCUUACACCAGUGCAAAUUUUUGUGAUGUUGACGAAAAUGGGAUACAACACUUGGUGUUGUGCCGAGUGAUAAUGGGAAACAUGGAGGUUGUUCGUUCUGGCUCUAAACGAAACCUUCCCGGUUGCAAGGACUAUGAUAGUGGAGUGAAUGAUCUUCAAAAUCCAAGGAUUUAUAUAGUCUGGACUAUGAAUAUGAACACUCACAUCUAUCCAGAAUUUGUUGUUAGUUUCAAGAUCUCUUCCAAAACUGAAGUUGUUAGUUUUAGGAAACAGGGCUUCAUCCAUGGAUUGUAGAUAUCUCCUCUUGGUU